ACUAAACGAGUCAAGAUGGUUUCCUCAGCGCGGGCGUACAACUGGUACGUGUGCAUGGUCGCCGCCAUGGCCAUGGUACUCUACGGAUACGAUGCGUCGGUCUUCAACAGCGUUCAGGGCAGUGACCACUGGCUCGAGUGGUUCAAUCUCAACUCGGCUACCGACGCGUACAUGAUUGGUCUGAUCAACACGGCUUACACGAUUGGAGCCAUCAUAUCUGGGUUCUUCAUUGGUGGCCCGGCGGCCGACUACCUGGGUCGACGAUGGGCCAUCUUCGCCGGGUGCGCCACCACAGUGGUGGCGACUUUCAUGCAGGCUUUUGCUCCGUACCACAACAUCGGCGUGUUCAUUGCUGGGCGCGUGGUUAUCGGCCUCGGCCAGGGUAAGCUAUUUUUUUUACAGGUUCUCGCGGGUUUGAGCAUGUCUGUUUGCGCAACUGCUAACGGUUUCUUGCUCCAUGUAGGCUUGGCUCUGAAAUCCGUUCCCUGGUCUGACAUAUCACUCUCUGUCUCUUUAGCUGCUGGCCCCGUCUACAUCAACGAGAUGGCGCCGGCUGAAAUCCGCGGAGUUGUAAUGACCUUCUGGCAGCUCUUCUACAGCGUUGGCUCCUUCAUCUGCUUCUGGACCAACUACGCCUGCUCGCAGAACCGCAAGAACUUGGGCCACUGGGACUGGCGGACGGUGGUCAUCCUGCAGGCGCUGGUGCCCGUGGUCAUCAUGGCGCUGAUCCCCUGGAUCCCCGAGUCGCCGCGCUGGCACAUCCAGCGCCACGGCGACGUCGAGGGUGCGCGUGCGGCGCUGCGCAGGGUUCGCGAGACGGAAGAGGAGGUCGAGGCCGAGGUGGUGACCAUCCGCGAGGCGAUCGAGUACGAGAAGGAGCUGUCGCAGGGUUCGUCGUACAAGGCACUGUUCAGGGAUGCUUCCGUCAGGAAGAGGCUGUACCUGGCCAUGGUUCUCAACGUUGGACAGCAGCUCACCGGCCAAGGCACCCUCAACAGCUACAGCACGGCGAUUUACAAAAAGGUGUGGCCCGACGUCACCACCAUCAACCUGAUCAACGCGCUCAACGCGACCUUUGGCAUCCUCUUCACGCUCAACGCGGCCUGGACGGCCGACCGCUUCGGCCGCCGCUGGCUGUUCAUCGUGGGCGCCGUCGGCAUGAGCCUGUGCAUGCUCGCGGUGCCGGUGGUCGGGCUCGCGACGCCCGACAUCGACGGCGGCCGCAAGACGCAGCCGGUCGGCAUCGCCAUCGUCUUCCUGCUCUUCAUGUUUGCGCUCUUUUACAAGCCCAGCUGGGGCGCCACCACCUGGAUCUGGACCGCCGAGGUCUUCUCCAUGAACGUGCGCGCCCAGGCCGUCGGCAUGUGCUCGCAGAUGCAGAACGUGGCCAACACCAUCUUUCAGCAGUUCUUUCCCAAGUUCCUGCAAGACACCGGCCUCAAGUGUCUCUUCUUCUUCAUGGCCAUCAACAUCGUCCUCGCCGUCUUUGUGUACUUCCUCAUCCCCGAGACCAAAAAGGUUCCCCUCGAGGAGAUGGACGUGCUCUUUGGCGGCGUCAACCACGUCGACCAGGGCGCCGGCAAGCUCGGCCUCGACGACAACAAGGCCGUCCCGGCCGUCCGGAUGGACGAGGAGACCGGCGGCAGUGCCACACCCCCACGGGUGACCGGACGAGGAGUAGGUGCUUGA